AUGAAAACAAAUAGGAAAAAGAAAAGAGUACUAGCACAAUGCAAAGAGUCCUUUCUACUUCGUCCUUGCUCCGCCAUCCCCUCUAUUAAAAAAAAAAAAAAGAAAAGAGAAAGAAAAAGAAAAAGAAAAAAAGAAAGAAAAAGAAACAAAUUAACUUAUCAUAUAAAAAAAAAAAAAAAAAAGAAAUGUUCAAAUAAUACCGAAAAACAUCCCCGCACAAAAAAAAAGUGUGAGCGCAUGCAUACGCGGAACGAAAAGAAAAAAAAAAUGUUAUAG